AUGUCUCGAUUGAUCCAGAGAUCUGAGGUUUUGGCCCACCUUUCGAAGCCAGUAUGGUCGGUCAAAGAGCUUCUUAAUGCUCCUCUGCAAGGGACACCUCCCUCAAAAAGCGACGUCGAGCGUAUUUCAAAAUUGGCGGGCCUGGCGCCCACUGAACACACCCAAGCAGAUCUUGUCAACCAACUACGGUUUGUUGAGACACUCUCGGCGGUAAACACAGACAAUAUAGAGCCUCUUUCUCGCCUCACUCACCCUGUUACAUGCCCGGACCUCGAGAAAAUCGUUGCAGAGCCCGAGCCUGAGAGGUGGACUCCUGCCGCCUUCGCAUCUGAACGGGUGUCUGAUUUCUACGUCGUGAAAGAAGGACUUCGUCACGAAUGA